ACAAAACGGAUAUCGUCGGGGAUUCAUCCUGGGAGGUAUGCUGCUUGAGAUUUUGCAUCUGUGAGGGGAAUGCAGCCUCACGGUGCCAUCUUUUUGGCCCUUCCCCACCUGGGGCCCGUCCUGCUCUGGCUGCUCACCCGUCAUCAGACGUCUGGUUGGGACGACAGCCCAAAGAAACCUCCCUGGUGCCCGCCUCACAAAGUCUUGCUGGCAGGGUGGAUAACCAUCUACUUUGUCAUGGGCUAUGCCUCCUACCUGGUGUGGAAGGACCUAGGAGGGGGCUUCGGGCGGCCCCUGGCCCUGCCUCUCGGCCUCUAUGCUGUGAAGCUCGCUGUCAGCUGGGCUGCCCUGAUUCUCUUUUUCGGAGCCCACACCCAUGGUCUGGCCCUGCUGCACCUGCUGCUGCUCUAUGGACUGGUGGUGAGUACAGCGCUGAUCUGGCACCCCAUCAACAAGCUGGCCGCCCUGCUCCUGCUGCCUUACCUGGCCUGGCUCACCGUGACCGCUUCCAUCGCCUACCGCCUGUGGAGGGACAGCCUCUGUCCAGACCAUCAGCCUCAGCCCAUGGGGGAGAAGAACGACUGAGGCGGGUGUGGAGGGAGGAUGGCCAGGGUAGGGUAGAAGAGAACGCAGGCAGGGUUGUGGGGCUAUUUGGAGGAGGAAGGGAG